GCAGAGAACCAGUUUGAGGAAAUGGCUUGUUUGGUACAAUGCAUGAUUCCUGAGGAGAAAAAAAUUCUUUCAUAGAAUUCCUCUUUUGAAGAUCUUCAAAGCUGAGGAGUAUAAUGCAUCAACUGAGUACUACUGGGAGCCCAUCAUACUGGAGUCUAAUUCAAACCAUGCAAGAAAUCACUGUUCUGAGAGAGCUGGUGAACCUUGAUGCCAUAGCCAAAAAUGGCGAGAACUAGGAAGGAGUUAAUGUGAGGUUUGAGAGCUAUGUCAGUCUAGGAUUGAUGCUACUAUGUAAGUAUUCAGUUUUCCAUCAAAGGCUUUUUGUUCCAUUUAAAUUCUUCUAGUUUUUUCUUUUUUUUAGUAGAAAUUCUUCUGGAUUUUGUGUUGCAAGCUCCAGUUUUUAAUUUGAGCAUACAUUCUGAAAUCUAAUAGAUUGUCCUUUUUUCCUUCCUGGGUUUCGGGUUUUUUGUUUUCAGCUAUGGAACCCCGAGGCUUGUUCAUGAAUAUAUUGUGACAACUGCUUAUGGAUUGGCACUGGAAACCUGGAAACUUGUUUAAAAUCCAACAUCAGUCCUUCAAUUCAGAGGGUCUUCUUCAUGACCGUGUCCCCAACACAUCUGUGGUAUGUUUCACUUGC